CACUGCUAGGGAGUUCGCUGUGCCGCAAGUGGAGGCGUUGAAGUUGUCCAGAGGAUGGGUGAUAAAAGUGUACAUAUGCAAAACAUUUACUCUGAUCGGCGAGGAAUGCAAAACUUUUAGAUGAAAGGGGUGUUCAAAUGUUUUAUGAGUGUCCGAAUAUUUUUUCUUCAUCAGGACUGCCCACUGUGAACAUAGCACUGGCCCAGAGUGUGUGCAAUGAGACACUGAACACCAUCAGAGGCAGCCAUGACCGAACUGGAGAUUGACCAGUCACACCUGCCACGUGUCCAAGAAGUGUGCCAGUGUUUUGCUGUGCUGGAGGAUGGAGUCCUGGCUCACAACCUACAAGAGCAGGAGAUUGAGCAGUACUACAAUUCCAAUGUGCAGAAGAACCAGCUGGUCCAGAAGGACAUCCGCAUCGCCAAGAGACUGCAGGACGAGGAGGAGAGGCAAGCCUGCCCGAGUCCGACCACGCGCCAGCUGGAGGAGCGGGACUUGGAGUAUGCACGGAUGAUUCAGGAUGAAAUUCAGCGAUGCACAGAAGAGGCUCGAAGGAGGGAGGAAGAGGAUGAGGAAAUGGCCAAGCGAAUACAGGAAGAGGAAGAAAUGGAGAUCAGACAGAGGAGACUCAACAGCAGUUGCCAUGGGAAUGUAAAUGGCUUUGCUUUCAAUGAAGGGGCGGGUCUGUGGCAGGAGGGGGCGUGCCUGGGGCUGGGGAUGCUGCAGCAGGUUCUGCUGGAUGAGGAGCUUGCACGCAGGCUGCAGGAGGAGGAGGAGCAGCUGCAGAGGAAGAGCCGUUCGUCACACAGUCUACAGAGCUCUGACCCAGAGGGAGAUUUCCGAGCCGCCCAGGUGGCCCAGGAUGAGGAAAUUGCCCGUUUCAUGCAGAGGCGGGAAAUGAAGAGCAAACGGCGGUCAAGGGACCUGGAAGCUCAGGGGUCACGGCGCGAGCACGUAGGCUUGGAUGAGACGUUCGAGAGGGGAGCUGCUGAAGAAAGAAAGCAGGUCCAUGUGCUGCGGGAGAGGCUGGACUCCGAAGGGCUGCCAUCACCGAGCGAGGAGCGGUCACCAGAGCACCAAACGCUCCCACCUGUUAGCCUUGCACCGCAGCGGCAGCCGAUAAGGAACAUUGCAGAGGAGCUGGACCCGACCUUCAAGGCGAGACGGAAGGAAGCUAGCGCUACUGGGCACACCAGCUCUGGUCCAUGCCAGGCCUCUCUCAUGCCUCAUCGCAGUUUCUAUGACUACAUGGAAGAGCCCGUGUUCAUCCCACCCACCAGGCGGCAAAGCGACAAAUCAGGCCGCGGCAAAGCCAAAGAGAAGAAGGAGGGCUGUAAGCAGCAGUGACCGCACCCCCUCCCUGACCGGCAUACACCUGUGCCCCUGGCCAGCCAGGUGUUCCUUCUCACUGCUGAACAGUGUUGAGUGGAUCAAUU